UUCUAGAGAUUACACAAAGAGGUUGUAAUUCACAUCAUUGAACAGCGAACAUCACGACCGCAGUUGUCAGAUUAUCAGAUGCUGGAUUUAGUUGUGCGAUUUUUUUUAGACACUGAAUGUUUUAAACAGCACAUGUCUGCCGACCAGAAGCAGGCACAACACCGGCAGUGCGGUGACUAAGCGAGAGUAAUAGCGUUACUCAAGUGUGCUCGAUAUGUGUCUCUGAUACUGCGGGUGGAAAGUUGGGUGUCAAGGACCAGCGAAUGUACAGCGAGAAAUAUGGUGUUGUUUUUAUAUGAGCAGUGGUUCAAUGCCUUUUCCUCUUCCUGGUAAGAUUAGCGGAAGCCAGCGGUACAGUAGUGUGUUUUGUCUCUUCAUCUGCAGCAGCAGCAGCCGGUUGUGACAGUCAGCGAUCCGCUUCCCGGUGUGUUUCAUUUACGGACAAACAUCUCAACAUCUUCUCAGCGGCGUUGGAGUAUUUAUUACGGAGCAGGUAUAGCAGUGAGAUACUGAUUUCUGAAGAUGACGGGUAAAUCAGUCAAAGACAUUGACCGCUAUCAGGCUGUUCUCACAUCUCUUCUCGCGUUAGAGGAAAACAAGUUUUGCGCUGAUUGUCACGCCAAAGGUCCCAGGUGGGCAUCCUGGAAUCUUGGAAUCUUCAUUUGUAUCCGCUGUGCGGGAAUCCAUCGUAAUCUUGGCGUGCACAUAUCACGAGUUAAAUCUGUAAACCUGGACCAGUGGACUCAUGAGCAGAUACAGUCUGUUCAGGAGAUGGGGAAUGCCAAAGCUCGGCGACUAUACGAGGCCUUUUUACCGGAGUGCUUCCAGCGCCCAGAGACAGACCAAGCUGCUGAGAUUUUUAUCCGUGACAAAUAUGAUAAGAAGAAAUAUAUGGAUAAAUGCAUUGACAUCCAGUCCUUCAGGAAAGAAAAGAGUGCGACUGUGACGAAAGAGGCUCCUGUUGUUUUUGAAAAGAUGAAGCUGAAAAAAGACGAGUCACAACAAUUCAGAAACAGUCCAAAGCAGUCACAGUCAGUUAAUGACUUACUAGGACUAGAUGCCCCUUCGCCUCAAGCUACCAUGUCCAAUGGCAAACCAAGCACUGAACUCAGUCCCGCCCUCGACCUCUUUAGCUCUCUGCCUGCUGCUGUCAGCAGCUCAAACUCCUCCAGGAGCACGCCUAGCUCAGGGUCCAUGCCCACUGGACGGGUAGCAGCAUCAGUGCCGGAAAACCUCAGCCUGUUCCUGGAUCCCCCCUCCAAAAGUGAGGACGGCGGAAAAAAGAUGUCUAAGGACUCAAUCUUGUCCCUGUAUGGCAGUACGGCACCACCAACAAACAUGGCUGCUCAUGCUGGCAUGUACAUGGGAGCAGCCCAGAUGGGCUAUGUCCCUGCUGCAGGAUACGGCCAAUACCAGGCCCUGGGUGCCCAGCAGGGCAUGAUGGGGCCUAUGAUGGCUCCACAGAUGAACAUACUGGGACAGGCAGGUGUCAUGCCGCACACCGGAGUGGCAGCUGCGCCUCCGUACAUGGCAGGGGUGCAGGGGGGCGUAAUGGGAAUGCAGAAUGGGAUGAUGGGAAGCAUGGCAGCAGUUCCUCAGCAGGCAUAUGGUGCACAGCAGGCCCAACAGCUGCAGUGGAACAUCAGCCAGAUGACUCAACACAUGGCAGGAAUGAAUUUCUAUGGUGCCAAUAACAUGAUGGGAUAUGGGCAACCCAUGGGCGGUGAGGCUGCUCCCGGUUCAAAUCCAGUGCUUGGAUCACACGUGUGGAAGUGAUGAUGUCAUAGAGAGAGAGUGGGACAGCGUGUCUGAAUUGGUUGGGCUCGGUUGGCGCCACGACUGACUGACAGCAGAAGGGGAACAGAUUGUAGGAGCAAACACUUUGGGGAGUCGAUUAGACGAUCGCAACCGAAGCAAAGUCUCUACCUCCCUCAUUCUCAGAGCCAGAUUCUCAUGCUUGCCUUCAAACAGUCACAUACUCAGAGAGAGAAUAGAAGUGUCAUUCGCAAGGUAGAGUGUGUAUGCACUUCUCAGCCGAAUGUCAGCUUUGAUGUCCCCAAAUGAUGUGUUUUUGCUACAUCCGCUUGAAGAUUUGGUUUUCUGUUCUCUCUUUGAUCAGUGUUAAGAUGCGAUCACAUUUACCGUUUUUGGGCGAAUUUUCACGGGCAAAAUCCGGUUAAGAAUCCACACAAUCUGGAAUUUAUUUGCUUGAGGGCGAUUGAUUUCCCCUUGCAGAUUUUGCUUGUGAAUUUGCCACGUUGACCAACAGAGACCUGCUUGGUGUGACUUUUCUGUGCUUCAUACUUCACGAUAUACAAUUACCCUCUUUGGCCCACAACGUUUCGCCAAAAUUGCGCUAAUGCGACAGCAUCUUUAGUUUCAGUUAACAAAGCUUGUUUCAUUUCAGAAACACUUUAUCAUAUAGAUAUAUAUAUAUAUAUAUAUAUGUAACAUAGUCUAUGUCUCAUCAUAAGCAUGUUUGCAGUCAUAAAUGAACAGCUAGAAGCAAUUUUAGUUAGUAAGGAUCUUAAACUUUGAUACUGCUGAGGAAAAUGUCCAUUUUGUGUCUGUGCUAUCAGGUUCUGCAAUGAUACUCUCCUAUUUUCGUCUUUCUAAUGCACAGGGUACAACUAAGCCACUUUGACUUUACUUUCUGUCACAUUCGCUCUCAACUCAGGAGUAAUAAAGACUUGGGAGGAUGAGGGUUCUCACAUCCAUCUCAUAGCAGGAUAUUCACAUUCAGCCAAAGAUUUAUUAAUGCUCAGCAGUCGGCACAGAUCUUUGGAACGAUAUGUUCUAGAUGGAUCCAUGCUGCUGUUUGUCAUUUCAGAGCAUUGCAGUUUGACCUCAAGAGUGUAAUGGCACCAUUGAUUGUAUUGUGCACUGCUUUUCUCCUCAUUACUGAGUGCAGGGUCACCGCUGGCGGAGAGAAUGAAAUUUUGGGACACUGAGGCUGCAGUUUGGACCGAGACCAAAUGAAUGUUUCACUCUGACUGCUGCCCGGAGAGCAGAAUUUGCCAUGGCCACUGUGUGAAGUUCAUUCAAAGCAGUCAGCUUGGGGUUUUAUUGACUUUGCGCGCUGUUUGUUUGAGCCUAACGUCUGCUUGUUAUGAGGUUAUGAGGUUCACUCUUGAUCUUAUUUUAAACUAGAGCAUGUGAAAAGAAGCUAGGACUAAACUGCUAAAUAAGCUAAACUGCUUAUAAACAGCCUAAGCUGGUUUGCUGGUCUGGUUUACUGAUUUCAAACAGGUUUUAGGCACUCACAACUAGCCUAGCUGGGAUACCAACAAGACCAGUUUAAACAAAGCCUGAAAAAGACCAGAAAUCUGUCUUAGACUGGUUUGUGUAAUUAUUAUUUUUUUUUGUUCAGGGUUAAGCAUUAAACAUGUCUGUGCUUUUGUGUUUAUUUUCAGGUCAUAGCCAUAGAGACUCAAAAUGUUCUACCCAGGAAGCGUUUUUUUCUUUCUUUUUCUUUUCUUCCUCAAUAUGUGAGUGUAUAAGACAGUGAUUUGUAAAGGAGUUCAUUGCGCUAGGCAUCUCGACAUUUUACAAUAUUUGGUUGCUGUGUUUUUCACUGUAGACCUGAAUGUGAAGAAUUGUUUGCUAAUAUUAUUACUUAUGCUUUUUAUACCUUGGUGAAUAUGUGGUCUGAAAUGACACUGUCAUUGUGGUAUUGCACAUCACUGCCCUCUACUGGCCAAUAAGUGAUCAUCAGUAAUGUACAGUGGUGUUUGUAUAUCACAUCAUUUGUUGCUGAAGGUCUGUUUAUUUUUUAUUUAUUUUUUUUUGUAUUGUGCAAAAAGAUUUAAUUUUAAUCUGCUCUGCAUUUUUUAGGGUUUGUAUGUUUGGUUUGUUUAUUCUGAUUAAAUGGGACCAUUCCUUUCUCAUAAUUAGGCACAUGUGAUCCUGUAAAUACCAUGUUUGUGAUAUAAUGAGACAUAACCCUCUAUAUAUGGUCCAAGGUUUUAUCUUUAAUUUAAAACUAUUGUUAUAAUGGCACUUUACAAUAGCAGCCUGUAUGCAUGAAUCGUUCAUUGAGAAAGUUUGAUUAGACAACAUUCAAUUUGUGUGCAUGCUAGACAUUCCAAAACAGCAAUCGCUGGACGUUCAGACUGACGUCAUACUGUAUCAGUGGACUGAAAAGUAUUCCUGCUGAUGGGAUUCAUCUCGCCAGGUGGAUCUGCUUUCAACCUUCCACUUUGAAUGUAUCUGUCCGUUUUGAGUGAUUUGGAUCAGGUCAUUUAAAGAAUGUUGUAGUGCUUUAUGUAAAGCAAUACGGGGUCCUGUUUAAAAGUUGAUUUACAAUAUUACAUUGGCACAUAGUUAAUCUGUAGAGAAGCAAUCAUUCUAGAUGUCUUCUACAAAAUGCAACUGCUACGUAUACAGUGCACAUUUCAUUCAACACAUAAAAUAAAUGCUUUUGUUUGAAGCUAGUGGUAAAUGUUAAAAUCUCUAUUGCUGGUUUCUCAGUAUGCACCAAACGGUUCCUUUCUGGAAUAUGGAGGGCUUGUUUCCACACUCAAGGAAGAGACUCCGACAGCUGUGUAAUGGUUUUCAUCGCUCCUUUUGGUGAAACGGUGCUAAAACAUCAUCUGCCCACAUUACGUUGUGGAGGUCCUGAACAUUCUUCCUCUGUGAACUUUCAUGUGAGAGGAUAACGUCAUGUAAGUGUCUGUUAUGCUGAAGUGAUCCCAUCAUUGUGGCUCACAGUGAAUGUGUAGGUACAGUAUGCAGGUUACUUGCAAAGUUUGUAUUUAAGUUCCUUUUCAGAAAUGCAUUACAAAGGCUUGAAUAAGAUGAGAAAUAAACAUCUUGA